AUGGCCAUCUCCCAACUUUGCGGCUUUAACACACUCAUGUAUGAUUCAUCCGCUCUGUUUGCUAUGGUCGGAUUCAAUAAGCCAGUCGCCGUCUCCAUCGUUGUCGGCGCAACCAAUUUCCUCUUCACCGUCUUCAACAUGCUCGUGAUCGACAAGUUCGGCCGCCGCAUCGUCCUGCUCAUCACGAACACUGUCACUUGCUGGGGCCGCAAUAUCAUUAUUGCCCCGACCUUCCUCUCGAAGAUGAAAGCCAUGACUCCUUCCGGUGCCUUUAGCUUCUAUGCCGGAAUCUGCUUCUUUGGUUGGGUCUUUGUCAUCUUCUAUUACCCGGAGGUCAAGGGUUUGCCUCUUGAGACAGCCCGCCAGAUAUACAGCCACGGCUUCGGCGUCAAGUAUGCGGCGCAGCUGCAGAAAGAGCGGAAGGCGAACCCGAUGAGAAGGGGCAGCAUGGUGGCAUAA